CCAGAAUGGAGUACGUAAGGCGUAAAAGGUACACAGUAAAUGUUGGGAAUGAAAGUCUGAAAGAAGUUUAUCCCCAUGAUGUUCAACUAUACCACUACGUGCCCGUGGGUCACGUCAGCUUCACCGAAUUCAAAGAGCUCGGGAUGGAGAGAAGGGAGAUCCUCAAGAUGAUAGAGUUGAUCAUGAGCAGGACCGAUGUGAAGAGUGUUGAAGAACGCAGAGCUGCCCUGUCAGCUGCUCUGAGAAAGGAUGGUUAUCAUCAUGCUACGAAGCUGUUGAAUGGAGCUGGUUGUGCAUCACACACUGAUGCCGAGCUGGAGGCCAGACGAAGGGAUGCUAUUUCUCACAUGAUCGCUAGGGUUGCCUACUCACAAACUCCCGAACUCAAGAGGUGGUUCAUUGCUAUGGAAGCUGAGUACAUGAAACUUAGGCUGUCUUCCUUGAAUAAAGAGGGAACGACUGAACUGUUCUCUAUCAAUAACUUCCAGUAUGAACUUUUGACAGAAGAUGAGAAAGAUCAAUUUCGCGACCACCUGUACUCAUCAGGGAAGCUAUCAAGCAUCGAUAACACCGACUUUUAUAAAGUGCCAUUCUACAAAGUGCCUGAUCUGAUCAGAAGUAGGCGGGUAUUUGUGUACAAUGGUAUGGCAUUUACGCCCCAAUCGGAGCUUGCAUCACUCUUCAUAAGUCAUUUCAAGGAGCACCUCACACGAGAGUUUGAAGCUGCGACAGAAGAAUUUUACCGCCUCCAGUGCGAUCCCAGGAUCUACGAGUUUCUUCGAGAACUUCCCAAUUAUUUCGCUGAAAUCCAACGAGUCGUGUGGUCAACCGAGACAACGCCGAUUGAAUCCCUAGAUGAGUUAUCAAGGACUUCGUACCCAUUGUGCAUGAGGACACUUCACGAUGCAUUAAGAGUUACUCAUCAUCUGAAGAACCAAGGUCGUGUGCAGUACGUCCUAUUUUUGAAAGGUAUUGGCGUCACGAUGGAAGAUUGCACACAAUUCUGGCGUGCGGAAUUCACAAAGAAGAUUGAACCUGAGAAGUUCGAAAAGGAGUACGCUUAUGGUGUUAAAUUUCUGUACGGAAAGGCUGGAAGUCAACGGAAUUACACGCCGAUGGGCUGUAAUAAAAUUAUAACCACAGGGGCUGGACCUGGAGAAUUUCACGGUUGUCCAUACAGGUCUAUGGACAGUGAAAUACUGCAACAAAAAUUAAUUGGAUUGAAUUUGCCAGCUUCAGGCGUGUCUGAAAUAGUCGAGUUGGCUAAGGGAGGCCACUACAAUCUCGCCUGCGCCAAGUACUUCGAGGUAACUCAUAAAUGUCCCCCAGAACGUCCCAUCUUGCAUCCAAAUGCUUUCUUCGCUGAGAGCCGAGAAGUGAUUGCCAAAGUCACUGGUAAUGCGGACACACCAGCGGCUGACAAAUCAAAUCGACUAUCAAAAAUGAAGACUGAUUCCCUCUCGCAAGGGAGAUCACCGGUUAGAACCCCUGUGAGAGCUUCCAUUCGUACACCGAAUCGUGCGUCCAUUAAAUCAUCAUCGUCAAUUAAGAAGAGAAAUAUUAAAGAUGAAACUGGGGAUAUUGCGGAGAUGCUUCAGGAGGAUGAUGAGUCGUUUAUGGAGAUCAAUGAUGCGGAUUUUUGAAAUUCAGUUGCAAAAUAGUCGACUAAGGAGUUAAUUUGUUGUUCUGUUCGAUUGCGUAUUCAUUUUGGAUACGAACGACUGAAAUUUUAUGUGGGGAAAAAUCUGUUUGAAAAAUCCUUCGAUAUUUCCUUGUUAAUUAUUCAAGAUAAUUUGAAUAUUUAAUGAAGUGUAGAAGAUCUACUUUUUCUGUAGCUUCAACCACUUCCGAGCAAAGAGGUAUUUUCCUAUUUGCUGCUAGAACCGUUGAUAAUUCAAAUAAGCUAUCAAUAUGUACUGAAGCGUGAAAAAUCAACUACUUCUCUUACGUUUUGCCCUUUAAAGAUUGAAUUAUCUCUCUAUUAUACUCCAAAAGACUAAUAUUAUCGAUUCGAUCAAUCAUUUGGAUUCUCAAAAGGCGGUGAGUGAUGGGUCAGCAUCUGAGAUUCAAGGGGAUUCACAACAAUAUAAUCAUAGUGGUUCUAAUGUAAUUUUUCAAAUGCCAAACUAUUUUGUAUACAUUGUUAAUAAAAAAAAUCUUUGAAAAACAA